CACCCUUAAAACCUAUUCAUCUUUAUUUUUUCCUCUCCCUUCCUUAUUUAUAGUAGCAUCUAAUUCCGUGCCCCAUCCGCUCUUCCAACCUGUCCCCCACCCACUUUCUCUCUCCUCUCUCUCUUUCCCUCAAACUCUCCGUCUUCUCUCCUUCACGCGAUUCAAGUUUUUAAUUCACGAAGUCUAGCCAAAACAAUAUAUAUUUGAGCGAUUGAUUGAGCGAAAUCAAUCGCUCAUAUAUAUAUAUACAUAUAUACACACAGAAAUUUAUAGAUUAUAUAUUUUAUAUAAUAUACGUCUCCGUGUGUAUAUAGAAUUUUCCAGAUCUGGAAAAAGAAUGGCAGAGGAACAGAAAUGGCAAGAACCAGAAAAUCACAGGCUUUGCGCUAACAAUUGCGGAUUCUUUGGGAGUCCGACGACGCUUAAUCUCUGUUCCAAGUGCUUCAAAGAUCACUGCAUCAAAGAACAACAAGCCUCCACUGCUAAGAUCGCUGUUGAGAAGUCUUUGACGCAGGCUUCGUCAUCGUCUUCUUCUUCGUUCGAUUCCGUUUCGAUUUUGCCGGAAAUCUGUGAGGUUUUGUCUGCGCCGGCAAAGGUCGAGGCGGCGGCGGUGGUGAAGACAGCGGUUCCGGCGGCGGCGCAGGCGAAUAGGUGCGCGACGUGCAGGAAGCGCGUGGGGUUCACGGGGUUCAAGUGCAGGUGCGGGACGACGUUCUGUGGGUCUCAUAGGUAUCCGGAGGAGCACGGAUGCACGUUCGAUUUCAAGGCUUUGGGGAAGGAGGAGAUCGCGAAGGCUAAUCCGGUGGUGAAGGCAGAGAAGCUGGAGAAGAUAUGAUCGAUCUAAGCCGUUGAUAUAAUUUGGUGAUGAUGUGGAAUCGGACGGUGGAGGAGAGCUUGGAAGCUCGGAGAUUGGGUUGGUUGGUUGGGGAUUUCCUUUUUAGCACAUGUAAAAUUGAAUAUAUUUGCAUUUACUUUCUCUCUACAAUAACUUUUAGAAAUUAAUUACGAUCCAUCAAAUUUGUGUGCUUUUGUUGUUUUUGAUCUAAAUUACUGUCUACUUUGUGGUU